AGCGAUGCAGCUCACAUCUGCCACUCUUCUUGUGGCCGGCCUAGCCGCCCAGCAGGCUUCCGCUCACUUCCCUUGGGCUCUCGAUGCCGGCAAGUUCAGCACUUGCAGCAAUGCCGACACCCAGUGUUCGUCAGAGCAGCACAAGGGUUAUGACUGGACUGGUCUCACCAUUGGCCACCCCGUCACCAGCUACGGUGCCAACAGCUUCUCUGGUGGCUGGACUUGCAACAGCAUCAAGUCGAAGCGUGAUGAGCUGACCAAGCGUACUUUCAACAACAAGUGCGUCUCUGGUAAGCUCCCCUCAUGGGGCUCUUCUGGCUCAUCCAACCACGGCGCUGGUAGCCUUUCCAUUGGAUGCAGCGGCGAGAAGAACAAGUUCUCCAUCUCUGAGAUGCACAUCUCUUCCACCUACAACACUCACGUCGACUGCCACUACAACAUGCCUGAUGGCUCCAUCUGCAAGCACAACGUUCCUUGCCAGGCUGGUGGUUCCAUCAUCAAGAACACCCAUGUUUCUCUUCCCUCGUCGGUCUUGAUUCCCUCUUCCUCGGCUGUCUACUCUUCUUCUGAGUUUGUGUCUUUCAGCACUGCCUCGCCCGAGACCACAUCUUCUGAAGCAUCGCCCGAGACCACUUCAGCUGAGCUGCCUUCAACCAUUCCUUCAUCAGUCGACACCGUCAGCAGCACCGUCGUCAUCUCCAGCGGUAGCAUCGUGGUCCCUGGAACUUCGGCUCCUUUCCCUACUGGCUACCAGAACCAGACCACCACUCAGCCUGAAGUCGGUAGCAGCUCUGAAGCUUCGCCCCUCGAGUCCACCUCCUCUUCGGUUGUUGUCCCUAUCGGCACUGGCUCCUACCCCUCGGCUGCUAGCAGCGUUGUUGUCCCCGUGGGCACAGGAUCUUCUCCUUCGAGCAGCGUCGUCAUCCCCGUGGGCACAGGAUCUUCCCCCUCCACCAGCACUGGUGUCUACGCAAACAGCACCGUUGUUUCAUCGGCUUUGACCUCAUCUGCUGCCAGCCCCGCACCUUCUGCAGACUGCCCAGGUGUCGUUCCCAGCUGUUUGAACACUUACCUCCACAACACCAAGUGUGCCAACAACGCCGAUGCUGAUUGCUACUGCAAGGAUGAGGACUUCAUCAACAGUGUCUACCAGUGCAUUGAUGCCUACGGUGGAUCGGAUGAGAAUGUUUCUCAGGCCAUGUCCUACAUGGUCGGUAUCUGUGCCAAGGCCAUUCCCUCGAACCCUGCCAUUAUCACUGCCGUCCCUUCGACCAUUGACAUUCAGCCUUCCUCGUCGACUGUCAACGCUGCCACUGGCUCUUUGAGCUCUGCUGUACCUGUCGGCUCCUUGACCUCGGAUGUUCCUGCUGGCUCUUUGACCUCCGAGGCUCCUGCCAGCUCGGCCACCGACUCGAUUGUUUACGUUACCGAUGUUGUCAAGAGCACUGUUACUACCUGCCCUGUUGGAGAGACGAUCACUGCUUCGGGCAGCACCACUGUUUUGACCGCUCCUUCGGUUAUCCCCACUGUCUACACCACCAAGUCGACCAUCACUGCCUCGAUCAUCUCCUCGGUCACUGGCGCCCUUCCUUCGGGAGAGUCCCCUUACGAGACCUUGCCUGUUCAGACUUCGCCCGCUGAGGCUUCUCCUUCUGAGGUUUCGCCUGCUGAGACCACUUCGUCGGCAUCUGUCCACGUCCAGGUUCCCCACACUGUUACUCUGUUCAGCACCCAGAUCGCUACCAUCACCUCGUGCGCCCCUGAAGUUACCAACUGCCCAGCAACUUUGAAAACUUCUUUGAUCCCCACUGGCAGCACUACUAGCAACAUCUGGAUUCCUGUCACCUCUGCCCAGGAGACCUCUCCCGCCGAGACCAUCCCUGCUGCCUCUUCGGGUGUCGUGUCCUCCGCCGUUGAGGUUCCUGCCACAUCUGCUCAAGAGACUUCUCGCGCCCAGACUACAUCCGUUGGCGUUUCUUCCGGCAUCUCUUCUGGUGUUAUCUCGUCCGAGGUUCCCUCAGCCUCGAUCCCUGUCUCAUCCGGUGCCUACGAGACCUCGCCUGCCGAGACCACUCCCGCAGUUUCCAGCGGUCCUUCAGUUCCCAAGACCAUUACUCUGUUCAGCACCAAGAUCGAUACUAUCACCAGCUGCGCUGCUGAUAUUACGAACUGUCCUGCAAGAACCUCGACUUCUCUGAUCGCAACCGGUGUCACCACCGCACCUGCCGCUUACGAGACCGAUGCUGUCCCCGCCGUCCCUGAGGUUCAAAGCACCGUUAUCGUCACCGAUGUCGUCAAGACUACCGUUACUACAUGCCCUGUUGGAGAGACUGUCACUGCUUCAGGCAAGACUACGGUUCUGACUACUCCUUCCGUGAUCACUUCUCAGAUCACGAUCAAGAGCACCAUCUCGACCACCGUUGCCCAGACCCAGAGCGUUGUCUCGCCCAAGUCUUCUUCGGUCGAUGCUGUUAUGCCUUCGUCCGCCGCCGUCACAUCCGCACCCCAAGCACCCAAGACUCUGACCAUCUACUCAUCGGUCGUGGCUACCAUCACCUCAUGCGCUCCUGACGUCACAAACUGCCCUGCCUCGAGCACAAUUCAUUCAACUUCGUUCUACGCCAUCGGCACCACCGUCUCGCAGGCUCCCGUCGUUCCUGGACCUUCCGAGGCCGCCCCUGCCACCACAGCUCCUGCAGUUGUCCCCAGCAGCUCUACCCAGCCCAUGACCACUAUCACCUACUCUUCAGAGCUCGUGGUCCCUUGCACCUACACUACCGGUGAAUCUCAGGGUGCCACUAUUCCCAACUCCAUGACCACUUCGACCAUCCACCGCACUCUUACCGUUCCUCAGGUUCAGUUCAUCACUUCGACCGUUGGUGGCAAGCCUACUGUUGGUCUUACCUACCCUUCGGCCGUCCCUGCCACCACAACCUCUGAGGCUAUGCCCACCAGCUCUGCCGCAGAUGCCGCCACUCCCGCAGUCUCUCCCCCCGCAGUUUCCGCCGCCAGCUCAGGCUUCGCUCCCAAGUCAUCUACCUUGGCUAGCACUUACAACACCCCUGCUCUGCCUACUGGUAGCCCCAUCUCCUACACUGGAGCUGGCGCCAAGGUUGGUGGCUCAUUCGCUGGCCUCGCGCUCGCCGCCGUUGCCGCAAUCUUUGUCCUG